GCUUCCUCCAUUCUACUAGAGCAGGCGAAGCAAACACAAGGAAACAGAUGAGUCGUCUACUCCUCUUGGGUUGAUAUUUGGCCUUAGAAGUCCUCCUGGUGUAAAUUAAAAAAAUAAAACGCUUGGCGGAGCAGCUUGACAAGAUGCAAGUGAUGGACCUGACCAUCACAGACUGAGUCCGCAUCCAUAAAACUAUCCUGGCUUCCUGCUCCAGGAGUCCACAUUCCAGGCAUUGAGAGGUAGGCGGGGCCUGAUCUGGUCAGGGGGGUGUGGCCUGCAAUGGACAGCAGGUGCAGCAGCAUUGAUUCACGGAUUACCGGCAGGGUUAUGGGGUCUGUCAGCACCACGCCUGUGUCUGCGAGGGUGGAGUCGUACGAAGCAGGAGAGAAGAAGUGCAUCUCUGAUGUGAGGAGGACCUUCUGCCUCUUCGUCACCUUUGACCUCUUGUUCAUCACCUUGCUCUGGAUCAUAGAGCUCAAUGUAAACGGAGGCAUCCAGAAGCAGCUGAACGUAGAGGUCCUACAGUACGACUUUCACGCCUCCUUCUUCGACAUCUUCCUGCUGGCUGUUUUCAGGUUUGCAGCUCUCAUCCUGGCCUACGCCGUCUGUAAGCUGCGUCACUGGUGGGCCAUCGCAAUCACCACUGCAGCCAGCUGUGCUUUCCUGAUCGUUAAAGUCCUUUUAUCAAAGCUGCUGUCUCAGGGGGCGUUCGGGUACCUGCUGCCCAUCGUCUCCUUCGUGUUGGCCUGGAUAGAAACGUGGCUGCUCGACUUCAAGGUCCUGCCACAGGAGGCCGAAGACGAAAACAGAUACCAGUCCAUCAUGGACGCCACAGAGCGAGCUCCUCUCAUUGGCCCGGGUCCAAUAUCUGACGGACAGUUUUACUCUCCACCGGAGUCUCUGGCAGACUCUGAUGAGGAUCUGGAAGAUAAACAUGACCCAGAGAAAGGCCUCAUUCAGCAGCUGACUUAACAGGGUCUCCUCUCCUGACGAUGGAAGUUUCUCCUGUCGUGCUACUGAGGAAACGUUCUGCCUUACACAUUCUGCUACUGUAGUUUUUAUUCAUCCCGAAGAGGCUUCUGUACGUUCACACCCACGACUGCAGCUCACUUUUUUAUGCCAUCAGCCUUCUGUAAACACACAGGCUGAGAAAGUGCUGCUUUAGAAACAGUUUCAGUCUGAGGAUUUCUGGUAAGUUUUAGUUUUUUUUCCACGUUAAUGGAACUCCUAAGGGAAUUAAUUUUUAUACAAAAAUGCACUUGUUUGGUUGAAUGAAGUGAAGUCUUUAUAGAUCCUUGUCAGUAUUCAGCUGGGAUUGAAGCGAUUUCUUUUCUUUUUUUUGACACAUUGAAAUGUUAUUGUCUCGUAUUUUCAUCAACAUGUUUACUUUUAAUAUGAUUAUUUUCACAAGCUUGAUUCUGAAUUCACUGACGCUCCACAGACUCGGCACAAUGUGUAGCCAGAACUGAGCUUAUGGACCAGUUUUUGACUGCUUACAAGUCUUAAACGCACGGCAGCAACUUGCUAGGAACAUUAGAGAUAUUUAGAUUUGUGUUUUUGCCUCAAAGAGGGAAAAAAAAGCAAGAUGAGCCAUGAAUGUGCUGCAUUUGCACACGAGGGUUCCUGCACUGUGAAAUGCAAACUGCUCUCUAAAGCUGCUCUGACAGGAGAAAAAAGUUGAAAUGUAAGUGUACAUAUCUUCAUGCAUGCCUUGUAAGCCCACAGGUCUUGUUUUCAUGAAAUGCUCAUCUGUAAAAUAGAAUAAUUAAAAUGUGAAACC